GCAGACAGGAACAUCCUCUCACACAUCUACAACACACACACCUCCUCCUCUGUCUGCGGUCACAAAGAACGGUGUUCAACCUAUUAGUGCAGCGAAACCAUGGACGAGAGGCUGAGAGGUGGUGGUCAGUGAGUCUAUAAUACAUCUAACAUUGUGCGGACUGGUAUCCGAGCGGAACGCUAGCGCAACACCGCUUGUGAGCUCCGUAAGAAUGGAACGGUGGGAAGGUCGCGUGGCCCUGGUGACGGGGGCCAGUGCGGGUAUCGGCGCUAGCGUGGCGCGGAGGCUUGUGGGCCAUGGCAUGCGGGUGGUGGGCGCAGCUCGCAGCUUGGACAGAGUGCAGGCCAUAGCGGAGGAGCUCAAGGGUCAGCCGGGAUCACUGAUCCCCAUGAAGUGUGACCUCACCAAGGAUGAUCAGGUGCUGGAUAUGUUCGCGCGGAUCAAGCAAGACCUUGGAGGCGUCGAUGUCUGUAUCAACAAUGCAGGAAUGGGUGUUGACAAAAGUCUGCUGGAGGAGACCCCCGAGGACUGGCGUAAGAUACUGGACCUCAACGUGGUGGCUUUGUGCUUGUGCACACGUGAGGCCGUGGCGUCAAUGAAGGAACGCGGUGUUGACGGACACAUCAUUCACAUCAAUAGUGUUCUCGGGCAUUGCGUUCUCCCCAUGUCUAAUUCGCACUUUUACACCGGCACCAAGCACAUGGUCACCGCCCUCACCGAGGCGCUGCGUCAGGAGCUUCGGCAGGAUAACAGCAACAUUAGGAUAUCAGCCAUCAGUCCCGGCUUGGUGGAGACUGAGUUUCUCAUGAGGUCUGGUUUGGAUCCGGAAAUAGCCCGCAAGCUUUAUCAGGAGACUCCAAGCCUGCAAGCGGAUGACGUCACCGACUCGCUCAUUCAUGUGCUGUCUGCGCCGCCACACGUGCAGAUCCAUGAUAUAGUUUUCCGGCCCACCAACAAACUAAGGAGCAUGUCAGCGGCAUGUCAGACUAGGCACGGCGGAAGACAGCGGGGAGAAUGUUACCUGACUGAGUACACGGCGACACUUGCCAUCACCAGCCUGAAAAUUGUGUAUUAUUCUAGUUUGAUGUUGGCAAAUACUAAAACACUUGCAUCAACGCUUGUGAGCUCUGUGAGAAUGGAACGGUGGGCAGGUCGCGUGGCCCUGGUGACGGGGGCCAGUGUAGGCAUCGGUGCUAGCGUGGCACGAAGGCUGGUGGCCCAUGGUAUGCGGGUGGUGGGCGCAGCUCGCAGCGUGGACAGAGUGCAGGCCAUAGCGGAGGAGCUCAAGGGUCAGCCGGGGUCACUGAUCCCCAUGAAGUGUGACCUCACCAAGGAUGACCAGGUGCUGGAUAUGUUCGCGCGGAUCAAGCAAGACCUUGGAGGCGUCGACGUCUGUAUCAACAAUGCAGGAAUGUCGGUUGUUAAAAGUCUGCUGGAGGGAACCCCCGAGGACUGGCGGAAGAUACUGGACCUCAACGUGGUGGCUUUGUGUUUGUGCACACGCGAGGCCGUGGCGUCAAUGAAGGAACGCGGUGUUGACGGACACAUCAUUCACAUCAAUAGUAUUUACGGCCAUUGCAUUCCCCCCCAGUCUGUUUCUCACUUUUACACCGGCACCAAGCACAUGGUCACCGCCCUCACCGAGGCGCUGCGUCAGGAGCUGAGGCAAGCCAACAGCAACAUCAGGAUAUCAGCCAUCAGUCCCGGCUUGGUGGAGACUGAGUUUCUCAUGAGGGCUGGACAGACCCCGGAGGCAGCCCGCCAAAAGUACCAGGAGAUGCCGAGCCUGCAGGCGGAUGACGUCACCGACUCGCUCAUUCAUGCGCUGUCUGCGCCGCCACACGUGCAGGUUAAUAUUCACGUGGUUCACCUGUGUCUUAGUAUCUUAGAAACACUCAUGCUUGCUUAUGGAACAAGCAGACGAGUGAACGAUACACGACUAGCUACACGGCGGUUCUUGCCGCCACCAUCAGACUUGGCCAGUUGUUUUCCUACCAUAGUUAUCACAGCCGCUCUCCACACUCACCACUCCCACAGGAAACCUUACCAAGACCCUGGUUGUUUCUGUUUCAUCUCCGAGUAUUAUAAUUAUCUAGCCAUAGCGGAGGAGCUCAAGGGUCAGCCGGGGUCACUGAUCCCCAUGAAGUGUGACCUCACCAAGGAUGACCAGGUGCUGGAUAUGUUCGCGCGGAUCAAGCAAGACCUUGGAGGCGUCGACGUCUGUAUCAACAAUGCAGGAAUGUCGGUUGUUAAAAGUCUGCUGGAGGGAACCCCCGAGGACUGGCGGAAGAUACUGGACCUCAACGUGGUGGCUUUGUGUUUGUGCACACGCGAGGCCGUGGCGUCAAUGAAGGAACGCGGUGUUGACGGACACAUCAUUCACAUCAAUAGUAUUAACGGCCAUUGCAUUCCCCCGCAACCUGUUUCUCACUUUUACACCGGCACCAAGCACAUGGUCACGGCCCUCACCGAGGCGCUGCGUCAGGAGCUGAGGCAGGCCAACAGCAACAUCAAGAUAUCAGCCAUCAGUCCCGGCUUGGUGGAGACUGAGUUUCUCAUGAGGGCUGGACGGACCCCGGAGGCAGCCCGCCAAAUGUACCAGGAGAUGCCGAGCCUGCAGGCGGAUGACGUCACCGACUCGCUCAUUCAUGCGCUGUCUGCGCCGCCACACGUGCAGGUCCAUGACAUCAUAGUCCGGCCCGCCAAGUCUGUAAACUGAGCGGCGGCACGCUGUGGCGAACUGUGAGGCUGACUGGCUGUGCAGGUGAAUGAUUAGCACACACACACACACACACACACACACACACACACACACACACACACGCGGUCCGGUAACAUAGUGGUUAGCGCACUCGGCUCAACCGAGGGGCCAGAAUUCCAUCCCUUGGGCGGAUGGAGAUUACUUGGAUGUGUCUCCUUACACGUGUAGCCCCUGUUCACCAGCAAUGAGUAGGUACGGGAUGUAAGUCGAGGAAUUGUGACCUCAUUGUCCCGGUGUGUUAUGUGUGAGUGGUCUCGGUCCAACCCAAAGAUUGGUCAGUAUGAGCUCUGAGCUUUUUCCAUAGGGGGGCCGGUCGGCUGUCUCGAGAAAGACCAACAGCCAGCAGACUGUACAGUGAAUACACACAUUAAAGAACGAAUUUUCUAAUGUUUCUAUGCACGUGUCAGCAACACUUAAAAUCCAACAAACAAUACCAUUUCCUUUCAUCUCAUGUACUGAACAUAAAAAAGAAAUGUCAAAGCAACAAA